AUGAUCGAACAAUUCCUGACUUGUUUUUCAACCUUUUCUAUCGCUGCGAUCGCCUUCGUAGCACUGAUCACUCGGCUGCUGUACAAUAGGUAUGCUGCCGGCCUAAGUCACGUACCAGGUCCGCUCCUUGCGAGUUUCACGGACUUCUAUCGUCUUGCAGUAGCUAUGGGCUACCGGCCAGAACGUUGGCACAUCAAGCUGCACGAGCAAUAUGGUGAUUUCGUGAGGAUCGGACCCCGAACGAUACUAUGUUCGAGUAACCGAGCAGCCAAGAAGAUAUAUGCGCUAAAUAGUGGUUUUGUAAAAUCAGAUUUCUACAUCGUGCAGCAGACGUUAGCGAAAGGAGUCCCGCUAAAGACACUCUUCACGUCGACUGACGAGGCUUUCCAUUCGAAGCUGCGUCGAUCAGUCAGUAAUGCCUAUUCAAUGACAUCCCUGGUCCAAUUCGAGCCUUUGGUCGACUCCACAACAACUGUGUUCCUGGAACAAUUGACCCAGCGAUACGCCGACAAAGCAGGCGAUCUCGGCGUUGUCGAUUUUGGCGCAUGGCUCCAAUACUAUGCGUUCGAUGUCAUCUGUGAGCUGACUUACUCUAAACGGAUGGGUUUUGUAGACGGCGGCCAAGACGUCGAGAAUGUCAUUUCCAGUCUCGAAUGGCUUUUGAGCUAUGCCGCAGUAAUUGGGCAGGUCCCUUAUCUUGAUCGACUGCUCCUGAAGAAUCCUAUACGCCGCUGGCUGAGUGCACGUGGUUUUACACCAAGCACACCGGUGGCCGUGUUUGCCACUAAACGUAUUCAGGAGAGUGGUGCCAGAGAAGUCGAGAAGAAGAUGCCAGAUCAGAGGCAAGCACGCUGCGACUUUCUUUCGAGAUUCCAAGAGGCGCACCGGAAAGAUCCAGACUUCAUAAGUCAAGAGCGUGUCCUUGCACUCACGGUAGCAAACAUGUUCGCGGGCUCUGAUACCACCGCGAUAUCACUUCGAGCGAUCUUUUACAAUUUGAUCAGGAAUCCAGACAAGCUCGCCAAGCUACGUGCAGAGUUCGAUGAACUUGACUUGAGAGGUCGGACAGCACCAGGUAACGCAUUGGUCGCAUGGGGUGAUGUGCGAGAGCUGCCGUACCUGAGUGCUGUUAUCAAUGAGUCGUUGAGGACACACCCUGCGGCGGGUCUGCCUCUAGAACGAAUCGUCCCAGCUGAGGGCGUUCAGCUUGGUGAUGUCUUCAUACCCGGUGGUACUAACAUCGGCUGCAGCGCUUGGACUCUGCAUCUUGACCGGGAUCUCUGGGGUGAUGAUUCAGAGAAGUGGAGACCUGAAAGGUGGCUUGAAGCGAGCGAGCAGAAGAAGGCCGAGAUGAAGAACAGCAUGUUGGCCUUCGGAGCUGGUUCGCGGACCUGUAUUGGAAAGAACGUCAGCUAUUUGGAGAUGUAUAAGCUGGUUCCUGCGGUACUGCGCAGCUUUGAUAUCGAAUUGGCGUACCCGGACAGAGAAUGGACACUCCAUAACGCCUGGUUUGUCAAACAGACCGAAUUUUAUGUCAGGAUUCGCUCGAGAAGUAAGAUCUGA